AUGGAAGGAAUUAAAACGGAACUUGGCCUUGGUACCAUUAGAGAAUUACGAUCUAGAUUUAUUGGCGGUUGUAUUAAUAGGGCUAAAGCGUACGAAACUGAUAAAUAUGAUAUUUUCGUGAAAUUUAAUGAUAACGAAAAGGCCCAGGAGAUGUUUGAUGGUGAAUUUGCGAGUCUUCAAGCAUUGUUAGAUACGAAUACAAUCCGAGUGCCGAAACCAAUCAAAGUAUUUUCUGUAAACGGUGAGCGUUGCUUGGCAAUGGAAUUUAUAGAUAUGCGUGGUCCAUCAAAUUCUGAGAAACUUGGUACUAGUAUAGCGAAAUUACAUUUACAUAACAAAUCCUUAAUGGAAGCAAGUAAAAACAGCGAAUCAACAAUUGGUGGUAUCGAUAAGCAGCCGAAACCAAUUAAUAAAUUCGGAUUUCAUACACUUACGUAUAGUGGAUAUUGCCCACUUAUUAAUGAAUGGUCGGAUAAUUGGGUGGAAUUUUAUUCGCAAAAUCGACUGAAGAAAGUUAUUGAUAUCAUUGUGGAGAAAACCGGUGAUCGGGAAUUGCUGACAUUGUGGCCAGAGUUAGAACGAAAAAUCCCGGAAUAUUUCAAGGAUUGUGAUAUAUAUCCGUGCUUGUUACACGGUGAUCUCUGGUCUGGAAACUAUUCGUUCACCGAGGAUGGUCCAGUAGUAUUCGAUCCGGCAUCUUUUUAUGGUCAUAGCGAAUAUGAGUUCGGUAUCUUGACCAUGUUUGGUGGCUUCGAUAAAGCUUUUCACACGGCUUAUCACAAAAUGAUACCACAAACUGCUGGAUUCACCCAACGUGUGCUUCUUUAUCAGCUUUUCCAUCACUUGAAUCAUUGGAAUCAUUUUGGUGCCGGAUAUAAACCAAGCGCAUUAAAUUUAAUGCGGAAACUGUCGUGA